ACAUUUAAUCUUAUUUAGCCAUUAUUCAUGUUAAUAAUUAACUUUAAUAAGAUAAAAAUGUAAUGAGGACAGCCGUUGUAAAUUACAGGAAAACCUAAAACUACAAGACACAUUAUGAGAGAAACCACACAGUUCAGCUUACUAUCCAGAAAAAAUAUUUUAUUAUUAUUAUUAUUAUUAUUAAAUAUAUAAGAAUGUUAUGUCACAAAAAUAGACCGAGAGUGCGGCAGCGAGCAGUAUGAUUCACUUUAAAAGCGGACAGUUUAAUAAAACAUCAUGCCUAAUAUAACAGAAUGUUAUAAUUGAGAAACGGUGUUGAGUCACAUUUUGACUUUUGAGCACCUAAAUUAUUUGGUUUUCAUUUUAAAAGGCAGUCAAUACAGCACAGUAGGCCGUGUCUGGGCUGGACUGCUCCAAAAUGAAGUUUGACUGACACCUGCUGUUGUAAUGAUGGAAGUAAUGUUGAACCACAUUGUAAACAUGCAUGAGCAAAACAAAUGUGUGAAUAGUACAGCCAGCAAAUACAAUGUAUCAGUUGUUAUUUGUAGCCUCCAUAUUUGACGUAGCCUACUGCAUCUUCUAUAUAUAAAUUUCCAUAUAUAACGUGCAUGUUAUAUCUAACCAAAGUCUUUCUUUUGAUGUGUUGUUAUACUAUAUGCACACAUCUACCGGUAUGUGUGAUUUAUUUUUAUUUGACAGGCACCACACACUUUCAAUAGAAUUGCAUUGUGCACUCAAGAGCAGACUGAAUCAUGCUACUGCAAGUUGAUAUUGUAAUUGUAUCUAAGGUAAUGCUGAAUUAUGAAUAAGACUCUUAAAAAGGGGAAGCGUGUCCACUCCAAAUAUUUAGUAGGUUCCUAUAGGUGAGUAAACCUAUAUCAAGCUGCCUUUUAGUAAAACCAGCAAAACCAGAUAGGCUUAUAGUUAUACAAUCAAUUUCUCAAUGAACCAGGAAGAUCUGAAUUAUUUUCUGGCAAGGCUUGUUACUUAAGUGUGAGCAGUUGUUUGUGUGUCCUUGUUGUGGAAUAAAAUGUUACAAUUGAAUAAUUGUGUGUGUCCAGUCCACUCAUUGCAUCUGGCCAUGUAAUAGGACACCAGCCAUGCAUUUGUUUCUCUGCAGUAGCUGCAACAGUAUCAUCAUCAUGUUCCACAGCACAGGGGUUUCCAUGGUGAGGCAUUGUAGCAUUUUUCACCUGCUGCAGAAGAAGAUGGCUGGCUUAACCAAAGGGUUACAGUAAUAAAGGGGGGCACUAGUAGUAUCCAAUAUGACUGCAGUGGUAAAAACACUGUCCCAAGCCUGUCCUGUGGGCAAAGACUUCCACCUGUCUACCAACAUCCCAUUUCUGGACAGGAACAAUCCAGAUGCCUUUUCAACAUGUUCCCAGAAGGACUUCCAGCCUUUAUCUUCCAAGAAGGCAGAGCCUUUCCGUCCGCCCGCGAAAGCCCAGUUGGACCACAAGGACUUGAGGCACAUCAAGGAGUACCUGACAGAGGCGAUGGUGUCCUACCACCGUCACCCAAUGCUACAGAUCACCCGCACCCCACGCUGGACCACACUUCACACCAACUUCAAGAUGGAAACAGACCCAGGGGAGGUUGCUUUCCUCACCACACAGUCCCAGAAUUUCCAGCCCCAGCCUUUCCAGCCCCCUCCCACUCUCAUCCGACACACCAACAAGAAGACCCAACACGUGGAAAAGCUCCCAGAGAGCACCAACAAAGCUUCCUUCACCCCACACCGUCGCUGCCCUGUUGUAAAAGCCACAGCUAAACAUCUAGAAGAGGGCUUUCCCACAAUCAAAGGGGACAGACGCGGUCACAGCUUUGUCUCUCAUUACAACAACACCUUCCAGGGAGCCUGGAGCACAGUGGCUAAACCUGUAGAAAAGCACUCUUCAGUGACUAUGGGUGAUCCUGUGAAGAUUGUCGAGAGAGAGACGACCCACGCUGCGUCAUUCAGCUGGCCCACUGUCUGCAGGCCAGCUGUGGUGAAGGAGUGUUUGAAGCUCAAUCUUGGAAAUAUCUCUAAGGACUUAUGGUCAUCCACAUCCAGAGAAGCCUUUUGUCACCACAAGCUAGGAGAUCCAGUUGUUGUGACAAUGAGGAACCAAAAUUUCUGUUCCUUACCCAAGGGGGACACUGAUACGAGGUGCAACAAAGAGAUGAUGUAUGUCACCACCAACAGAAUCUCCUUCUCUGAUCUGAACCACAAAGAGCGUCCGGUGCACGUGAUCGGGGCUGACCUGAUGACCAAGAGCCAUGUACAGUUUAGCCCACCUCGUCUGUCGUGCCUGUACUACACAUCAACGGCCAAACAACACUACAGCAAACAGGAAGGAGAGCGCGCCAGACCAGCCAUUCAGCUGCCGAGCAACAUACUGAGUGGACCAGAACAUGAGUUCAACCCCAGCACUACCAAGACUGAUUACCUCCUUUUGAAGACCUGCAGACAGACACCUUGUCCGUCACAGCAGAGGAGCAACAUCAGGUUUCCGCUGGCUGAUCAGCACUUCCGCACCUCCCACAGUGAAGACUACACGGCCAAACCUAUGAUCUUUCAGCCACCUGCCUACAGCCAGUUCAGCACUCAUUUUGUCAUGCAGUAACUAAAGCCACUAGCCUGACGUGGUACUACCGACCUCGACUGUUGUGGGCGGGGCUAAGUUCGGCUGGCAUCCAGGCUAUAAAGCCACUCUGUCAUCACCCCCUAGUUUUUUUUUUUUUUAAUGAACUGCAUAAUUCUCAUAAUCUUACUGGGCUGAUUAAUAAAUAACAUUUUUACUUAGAAGAGUAAAUGGGCCAUCAGACUGUGUAAUGUUGAAGCAGGGUGCAAGUGCAGCUUUAGCAGUUAGGUGGCUUAAACAUAAACCUUCUCCUUGCCUGUCUUAUUUAGGCCAAAGGGGGGAGUAGCCAUGGACUUGAAUGUCCUACUUCCACCUUAUUUACACUGUUAACGCUAACUGCUAAAAAGAAGGUUAGUGCCUAUGUCGCAGAAAGAUUCUCAUCCUCUCUCUCAAGCAUGAUUGACCACAAAACUGGGAAAACAGUCUGUGUUGUAGCAAUAACACAGCCUUGACCCUAAGAUGCAGACUCUCUUGGCAGGCAAGCAGACGUGAAUAAACUGAAUCUAGUGAACCAGGUCAUCAACCUGGUGAAAAGGCAGCAAUCCAGGUGUGGGCUGGAAUGUGAGCUGGCCAACAAGCUCAGGUGGGGUACAUCUGCAGGAACAUGACAGCUCUUCUUUGAUUUUGCCCGUCUGUUGUGACAAGAGCAAUGUCAAAUAAAGAUACAUUUUUCAGGUUUAUCAGUGUUUUAAGCCUCCACCGUCCAGGCAGCGCUGCCUAGGCAAUAGUUAUGGUUAUGGUUAGGGUUAGGGUUAGGUGCCUUGAAGUCAGUGGUCGCAGUGCUGCCUUGAAGUCAUUAGGCAAUGGUUAUGGUUAUGGUUAUAUAUGGUUAUGGUUAGGUGAAGUCAAAGGUCGUAGCGUUGCCUGGAAGGAGAGGUUGGGGGCUUAAAAUACCAUCGAGACAGAUGUUAAUUUAAGACCAUGGAAUGUAUGAAAAAUUCAUAUUCACUUACAUAAUUCAUGCCAUCUGUUGCACCUUGUCAUUUAAAAACAUUGAAUGGGUGAGUAAGUCCUGCUCAAGGACAUGCUUCUAAAGGCUUCAUUUGAACGAUACUGUUAUAGAUAUUUGACCACAUUACAUGCAAAUGUCUCUGCAUAGGUUUAUUUAAAGUGAUACAAAGGAAGUUUAUUUCUAACUGAAAUCUCCAGUGAUUAAAUGUAUUUACUAUAUGGAAUAUUAAUAGGUACUCCUGUAAGGUUUUCCAAAGACAGCUGCUUCAGUGAUGACCCAAUGUCAUAAACAUUAGUUUAAGCCAACAUAUGACAUAAUGAUAAUGUGAGGAACUCUUUCAAAUUAGACACAUGACUAAAACAAAACAAAACAGUGACACUACGUUUUGCUGAGGUGAUUUGAAAUUCUCCUCUAAAAUAUAUUUUACAUAAAAUUUGUUUUAAUUUUAGUUUACUUGUUAUGCGUCUUCCCUUCUUUUUAACUACUUUGUGAAAUCUCAUCAUAUGUUCUGCAGGCCUACUUGGUUUUUUUUCUAUGUAUUUUUAAAAUAAAAAAAGAGAUACCAAACUGAAAGACACAGCUGCCUUUAAAAUAAAAGCCCACGUGCAACCACAAAAAUCAUCAAUAUGGCAACACUAUGAGAUACCUUAAAAUAAAAGGGCAAAUAAGAGUAAUUUUGUGUAUAAACAAUUUGUCAUUGACCGAUGACACAUUGAUUUGUAUUUGUAGCCUAUAAUUUUUUUCCUAUUUUGUCUAUUUCUUUAUUUUUUAUAUAUUUUCUUUGACACAGACUG